UUGAGUAAGCCAGAAAAAUAUCCACAUUAUUCUUAAUUUUUUUAUUAUUAUUAUUUGCUUUUGUUUUUUAGCUUUCGCACUCUACUUUGAUCGCGACGAGAUAAGGGAUCAUGAUUGCUGCGAAAUUUCAUAGAUCUCACCGCUGUUGACAAACACUUCACUGCAACAGAUUGAAUACCAAGCUUCUUAACCUUUUAGUUUCACGGAGAGCGAGAAUUUGUGAUGCUGGAUUCUGGAUGAGCUCCGGUGAUCAAAUGGGCCAGUUGAAAUAGGUUCUUGGAUUUUUUGGGGAAGCAAUGGCUUUCUUUUGUUGGGAAUUGGAGAAACUUUGAAUUUGUUGCAGAGAAUUUUUAGCUGAGUUUGGGUAUGAGUUCUGAUGUGGGUAGCGGAUUGUGAAGUUGGUUUAUUUGGAUAAGGAAGAUAUUCAGGAGAACAAAGCUUGCACGAAAUGGCGACUCCCGUUGAGCCACCAGAUGGAGUUAGAAUUCAGGGGAAGCAUUAUUUUUCUAUGUGGAAAACCUUGUUUGAGAUUGAUACGAAAUAUGUGCCCAUAAAACCUAUUGGCCGAGGAGCCUAUGGAAUUGUGUGCUCCUCUGUGAAUAGAGAAACCAAGGAGAAAGUUGCAAUCAAGAAAAUACACAAUGCUUUUGAAAAUCGUGUUGAUGCACUGAGAACUUUACGUGAACUGAAGCUUCUUCGGCAUCUUCGUCAUGAAAACGUCAUUCAAUUGAAGGAUGUAAUGAUGCCUAUUCAUAGGAGAAGUUUCAAGGAUGUCUAUCUGGUGUAUGAACUCAUGGAUACAGAUCUGCAUCAAAUUAUUAAGUCUUCUCAAGCACUUACUAAUGAUCACUGCCAAUACUUCCUAUUCCAGUUGCUUCGAGGUUUGAAGUAUCUUCACUCAGCAAACAUUCUCCAUCGUGACUUGAAGCCUGGGAAUCUACUUAUCAAUGCAAAUUGUGAUCUAAAAAUUUGUGAUUUUGGGCUUGCACGUACUAGCAAUGGCAAGGGCCAGUUCAUGACUGAGUAUGUAGUGACUCGCUGGUAUCGAGCUCCAGAGCUACUCCUAUGCUGCGAUAACUAUGGGACAUCCAUUGAUGUCUGGUCUGUUGGAUGUAUCUUUGCAGAGCUUCUUGGCCGGAAACCAAUCUUCCCAGGCACAGAGUGUCUCAACCAACUUAAACUUAUCAUCAACAUCCUUGGCAGCCAGAGGGUGGAGGAUCUUGAAUUCAUUGAUAAUCCUAAGGCUAAGAAAUACAUUAAGUCACUUCCAUAUUCCCCUGGUACCCCAUUUUCUCACCUUUACCCUAAUGCUCAUCCUUCGGCUAUUGAUCUGCUUGGGAAAAUGCUUGUUUUUGAUCCAUCAAAGAGAAUAACUGUUACUGAAGCACUCCAACACCCUUACAUGUCCCCACUUUAUGAUCCCAGCAGCAAUCCUCCAGCACAGGUCCCUAUUGAUCUUGACAUAGAUGAGGAUUUAGGGGAGGAGAUGAUACGGGAGAUGAUGUGGAAGGAGAUCCUCCAUUACCAUCCUGAAGUAGGUACAGCCAAUGGGCAGAUAUGUGCCUGAUCUUGUUCUUUAGUUCUUCAGAGGCACCUGAGACCGAUAGUUUGCUUUAAACUAAGGAAGUUUUUGUUGGUGGUAAUAUUUAGUUAUUAUUAUUUUUUUUUAUUAUUCAUGUUCGGUGUUGUCCCUUAAUAAUCUUAAUGAAGCAUGCAUCAGUCAGAUAUGCCAUUGAUGCAUGAUUUGACUAACUUGUGUUUUAGGGGCUAAUUAAUGAGCUUCAGCUCUGAAAUUUAUGUGGCCCUUUCAGUUUGUAGAUAGGUGUGCCUUUGUAAGAAUAUGGGAAAACUUUUGUUGUACGUUAGAAUAAUUAAAUGUAUUGUUACUGUCAUGAUAAUUAACCAAGCUGAACAUUUUAGCUUACAAA